UUCAAGUUCAGUGUUACGCCAACGUCCGAAGAGAACGGACGUGCGAGCUUAGUUGGAUUAAUCGCGGAUUUUAUUUAUUGAAUUAAAAUAAAUAAAUUCAAGAGGUUUUUUUGUGGAUAGUGUUGUGCUGUGCAAUCAUUUGGAUUUCUGUUUUUUUUUUAUUUGUUCUUUGUGUGCACGGAGUUUGGGAUUUUUAUAUUACGGAUUGGACGAGAGUUGCUAAAAGUUUAAAAAAUGCCAGCGUACGAUAAUGAAGGGGCGACGAUAUCCAUGGAGGAUGUCAGGCCUCCAGAACAGCCGAUCACCAUCAGCACCAUUGAAGAGGAGCUCAUUGCUAGAAGACACAAGAUGUUCAAGACACAGAAGUCCACUGUUGCUUCUAGGAAACAGCAAGCGGUUUGCGUCAGAAGAGCUCACAAGAGAUACGGAACACAGAAGAAUCCUAAUAUUAUUCUAGAUGGAUUGAAUAUGACAGUUCCUAAGGGAUCCAUAUAUGGUCUUCUCGGAGCAUCAGGGUGUGGAAAGACCACCUUACUGUCCUGUAUAGUGGGCAGACGAAGACUGAACUCUGGUGAGAUCUGGGUGCUGGGUGGAAGACCUGGCAGUCCUGGGAGUGGAGUACCUGGACCUCGGAUUGGGUAUAUGCCUCAGGAAAUUGCCUUAUUUGGGGAGUUUUCCAUUAGAGAGACGCUGAUCUACUUCGGAUGGAUAGCCAACAUGCCGACCAACGAGGUGGAGGAACGGAUUGACUUCUUGAUCCAGUUGCUGCAGCUUCCUAAUCCUACCAGACAAGUCAAAAAUCUAUCGGGAGGGCAACAGAGGAGGACAUCGUUGGCUGCAGCGCUGAUACAUGACCCUGAGCUGCUGAUCCUGGACGAACCAACUGUUGGAGUGGACCCUGUUUUACGACAGAGCAUCUGGGACCACUUGGUGGACAUCACUAAAGGUGGUCGAACUACCGUCAUCAUCACCACUCAUUACAUCGAUGAGACUAAGCAGGCUGACAUUAUCGGACUCAUGCGAGGUGGUAGAUUCUUGGCAGAAGAAUCACCAACGGAACUAAUCCGCCGAUACCAGGGUGAGAGUUUAGAAGAUGUAUUCUUGAAGCUGUCUGUGCUGCAGAACUUGGGCAAGAGAAGGAGAUCCAGUAUCCUGGCUGACGUGGUGGAGCGAGUGGAGCUGCCAGCGAUACCAAAUCCAGCAGCAGUAGACUUAGAAGAAGCAGAGAUUGGUGAAAUAUCUGGUGAAUUCGGUGACAAUGUGUCUAUGAGCAGUAAGGGGCGAGUGGUGGUGACUCCUGAGCUCAUCAACCCUAUAGAAGCCAUGCCUCCAGAAGAGAAGCCUCGAAGGAGCAUGGAAAUGUACAUGCCCAUGAAAUGGCACCACAUGAAGGCUUUGAUAUGGAAAAACUUUUUGAGUUUGUUUAGGAACUUUGGCGCCCUGGCUUUCCUUCUCGGUCUCCCGGUCUCUCAAAUGAUAUUCUUCUGUGUCGCCAUCGGUCACUACCCUGUCGGCUUGCCGAUAGCUGUGGUGAACUACGAAGUCAACUCCACGGAUACUCUUUGCGAUUACAAUAAAAACGUCUGCCCUCAAGAUCCAAAUACGUAUGAAUGGAAUCUAACUAGAUUUAGUUGUGAAUAUCUGGACUUUUUAUCGAAAAGACAAUCUAAUUUGAUAUCAUACCCAACCAAAGAGAUAGCAAUAAAUGAGGCCCAGCAUGGUAAAGCGCGAGUGGUUCUGGUGUUCCACGCGAACUUCUCCGAGUCCCUGCAGCUGAGGAUCACCGACCCUAGACACUCAAACAAAUGGACUGUCCAGAACUCCGAUAUUGAAACCCAUAUGGAUGAUACUGACAAGCAAGUGGAGUGGAUGUUGUCAAGAGACAUUCAGCUGGCCUUCAUGGAAGCUACGGAGCACCUGGCUAAAGUCUGCGACCUGCCACCUAGGAUCAUGUCCAUACCAGUCACUUUCAACAAGCCAGUUUACGGUUUGGAGGUACCCAACUUGACUGACUUCGCUGGACCUGGUGUCAUUCUGACAAUCGUAUUCUUCUUGGCGGUGGCUCUGACUUCAGGCUCCAUGCUGGCUGAGAGGAAUGAGGGUAUCCUCGAGAGAUCACUGGUUUCUGGAAUUACUGGUACUGAGAUCCUGUUCUCCCACGUGCUAGUCCAGAUGUUGAUCAUGAUGCUGCAGUCAGGAAUGGUGCUGCUCCUCGGUUUCCUGGUCUUCGGCCUUACCAUCAAGGGGCCGGUAGGAUGGGUGAUCUGCCUGACUUUGAUGACUGGACUCUGUGGCAUGACUUUCGGUUUCGUUGUUUCCACAAUCUGCGACACCGACAGGACGGCUACUUACCUCGCUCUCGGAUCCUUCCUACCCAUGGUGAUGCUUUGCGGAAUCAUCUGGCCUAUUGAAGGUAUGCACGUGAUCCUCCAAUGGAUCAGCUACUUCCUCCCCCUCACUCUAUCGACUGAGGGUCUUCGCUCCAUGCUGCAGAGAGGCUGGGGCGUCGAGAGCCCUACGGUCUACGCGGGCUUCAUCUCCGUUGCCACCUGGAUCGCUGUCUACCUCACAACGAGUAUCCUACUCCUCAAAUUCAAGAAGGGCUGAAGAGUCCACUUUCAGCUGUAGUUUAGAAUCAAAUUGCUCAAUAGGUUUCUUUGCCAUAGAUUUAGAUUCGGUGUGUGUAGUGAAUGAGUAACUUUUUGUAUUAAUGGAUUUGGAAUUUUGUGUCUUAGUUCAUGUGGUUGAUUUUUGCAGUGCUUCGGGGUAGUUGGUAGUAAUUGAUGAUAUUUUUGAAUUAGUAUGUUAAUAUAGAUAGAGGAUGUUGACAAUUUUAUUUUAAUACGUUUUGAUUAAGUUUAUAAUAAAAUUGUGACCAUUAGGUGCCCGUCCACAGGCCCGCAUCGUAUACACCACACGCAAAGGAUUUCAGUUUUUCUUAAAUAAAAACUCAUACAACUGCGUCCACUGAUCCGCAUCGUACGGACCGCAUCAUCAGCAAUAUGUCUGCAUGCGAUGCGUACUGAUGACGUUAUACGGAAUGCGUACGAUGCGGGUCUGUGGACGCUAACCUUAAGAUGGUAUUACAUUGUUAAUUAGGCUUUCCACGUUUUUUAGGAAGUCUUAAAAUUUGGUAAUGACGAAAUAUGAAUGAAAAGAAUUGGGCAUUUUAAAUUAAGUUAGUUUAAAUGUUUAAUUUGUGUAGAACCUGAUGUUUAAAAACAAUGAAUAGUUUGAUAUCUGGAUCUGAAAUUAGCGAAACAUUAUGUAAAAAUAUUUCUCAUAAUAUAUUUCAAUGGAAUGUUAUUAAUCAUCCGACAUGAGUUUAUUUCUAUUUUUCUGUAGUUAUGCUCAAAUAACUAUGUUUUUUUUUGUAAUGUUUUUUUAUCGCUAUGGUGUGGUUUCUUUGCAAAGGGAUGGGUUAUGCCGUUUUGUACAAUAAUUACUAUUAUGUCGUCAAUACUACGAGGUAUUACAGUAAGCACUAUUAGAUUAACUUUCAAACAAAUCCUACUUUUCAUAUUUUAAAAGAAAUAAUUAUAAUUGACACGGAUUAGUUAUAAAAUGGAGUACUAAAAUCCACAUGACGUUUGUAAACAAUAAUGCAAUAAAUAAUGUUCUUUUUUACCCGACUGCGAAAAUCUAAUUCAAAAUAACCACUUUAAUGCUUUUAUUUACAAUCAUUACAAUAAUACUAUUUAAAAGUAUGUCAAUAAAAUAGAUACCUUAAGAAAUAAACAAAACAAACUGUUUCAUAGGUCCGUAAUCAAAACUAUUAAAGCAUAUUUUUGAAGAAUUAGGGCCACGGUCGUUGUAGUUGGACGCGAACAAUGUCACGUAGACAAACAUAAACACAACCAAGUAUUUAGAUUGGAGAUGAUUUAUCUCAAAUAUAUAGUGGCAAAUGGUGUUACACUAAAAAUGGUACAUUAUAGUUUUUGCGUGUAGACAAAUGCCAAUCAUAACUUCCUUUAAACAAAUGGUUUUUAAAAGUCGAAUAAGUGAAUAGAAAACUAAAAUUAUUAUGCGUUUGAAACUAACAUUCGACGAAAUUAAAUUAUGUUAAAAGUUUUAUCAAUUUCAUUCAUCAACUUUUUUAUUCAUUCAAGUAGGUAUGUAUAACAUUUUUGUCUAAGGUUUUGUGAUAAUUCUAUAAUUAUCUUCUGCCAACGGCUUCACUGCUGCCGUUCUCGUGGGAUAAAAGUAACCUCAUACUGUAUACCAAAUUUCCGUCAAAAUCCGUUCAGUAGUUUCAGCGUAAUUGACGGACAAAUAUCCAAACAAACAAACGUUCACAUUUAUAUAGUGUCAUAUAAUUAUCACGUAUUUAAUUUUGACUAUCAUUAUCACCUAAAGAUACUAUUAGUUAAAUUCCUAAUGAUUUUGUUUUACCAAAAGUAAUGAUAACUUACAAGUAAGGACACUUGCCUACACUAUCAAAUUAAUCCUCCAUAUAAGCUCUCAAUUAUAUAAUCUGUGGUACUUGAUUCUAUUUAUUUUAAUACGUAAAUGUACAAUAGCCAGCUACUCAACUUACUCUAAUCUGUAAAUUUUUCAAAUUAACUUUCGACUUUAUUUCAAACGCAAUAAAGUUGAAAUUCAGAAAGACAGAAAGGUAUAGGUUGAUGUGCUGCACUGUAUUAGGUAAUGGUUUAUUUUUAUGUGUUUUUCUAUUGUAAAUAAUUUCUAGUUUAGUAAUUUUAGGUUUUAAUUUAUUUAAGUUACUACCUACAUAUAAAAGUAAGUUUGUAAUGAGCUGUUACUUAGGACCUACCAAUCUAUUACAUGGGACUUAUAACACAAAUGGUGAAAAGUGGGUGUACAUUACGUGCCGUAAUGUGCACCUCUGCCUAUCCCUUCGGGGAUAAAAGCCGUGACGUUACAAAAAUGUUGUGUUUUUUCAUUGAAUUUCUGUAUGUAAUGUAAUUUAUUUAUACUAUUUUGCAAAUGUAUUGGUCUAUUUUCUUAUCUUGUAAUAUUUUCAGCUCAAAUUUAAAUUUAAAUUACAAUUACAAUGACAUUGUGAUAAUAUAUUUAUAAGUGAUGAAUAAAUAAAUAAAAAUAAUAGAAAACAU